AUGCUUAAAUACAUUCUUGAUACCAAAGAUUUCAUAUUUGAAAAAUGGAUUCAAAGUAUCAAAAGAUCGGAUGGUUUUAAAUAUAUAAUCAAAUAUCAAAACUUAAAGGCCGUAUUUUUGCUUUUCGAGAAGGAUAAAAAUUCUAUUGUUCCAUGGUGUGCUGCAUUUCCACAAACAAUAGAUAUUCUCAGAAACAAUGAAUUUCCUGACAAAACUGAUUAUCGUUUUAGGAAUAUAAUACAUUUUGCAUGUAAAUCGCAAAAUUCUGCUUUUUGUAGAGUAUUACUUGCCUCAUCUAAUAAAUUUAGAGUCAAUUGUUUCGAUAAUAAGAUUAUGACUCCACUACAUUACGCUACAAAAUUGAAUAAUAAAGAAGUAGUUGAAAUUCUUCUUUUAUAUGGCGCAGAUAUCAAUGAAAAAGAUUGUUAUGGAAAAACAGCUCUCCAUAUUGCAACAGAAUAUAAUAAUAAAGAAAUAUUAGAACUUCUUUUUUCAUAUGGUGCAAAUGUCAAUGAAAAAGAUUAUAAUGGAAAAACAGCUCUCCGUAUUGCAACAAAACAUAAUAAUCGAGAAAUUUUAAAACUUCUUCUUUCACAUGGUGCAAAUUUUAAUGAAAAAGAUCAAUAUGGAAAAACCACUCUUCAUUAUGCAGUAAUAUUUUUUAGUAAAGAAACAGCAGAACUUUUACUUUCACAUGGUGCAAAUAUCAAUGAUAAAGAUAAUUAUGGAAGAACCGCUCUCCAUACUGCAAUAGAAUGUAAUAUUAAUAAAGAAAUAUUAAAACUUCUUCUUUCAUAUGGUGCAAAUACCAAUGAAAAAGAUAAAGAUGGAAAAACAUCACUCCAUAUUGCAGCAUUAUACAAUAGAAAAGAUAUAGUAAAGCUUCUUCUUUCAUAUGGCGCAAAUAUCAAUGAAAGAGAUAAAGAUGGAAAAACAUCUCUCCAUAUUGCAGCAUUACAUAGUAUAAAAGAUAUAGUAGAGCUUCUUCUUUCGUAUGGUGCAAAUGUCAAUGAAAAAGAUAAUUAUGGAAAUACUGCUCUCUAUAUUGCAGCAGAAAAUAAUAAUAAAGAAACCGCCAAAUUUCUUCUUUCACAUGGUGCGAAUAUCAAUGAAAGAAAUAAAAUUGGAAAGAGCGCUCUCCAUAUUGCAUCAUUUCAUAAUAGUAAAGAAACUGCUGAACUUCUUAUUGAACAUGGCGCAAAUAUCAAUUAA